AUGGCGUCCUCGUUCCCCGAUAAGCUCCCCUUGAUCCGCCUACCGGAGCCAUACAAGACAACCUACAGGCUGCAGGUUGUGUCUGUUCAGCAUGGAGUCCGCAAGCUCCAACUGCGACGCUCCCCACGCUUGGAUGAUUGCAUGCCCCCUCCAGAACCCUUGCACCGUGAUUCCUUCCACUUCACCGACCUGAGAGAGCCCGACCCAUUUGCAACACCGCACGAGGCUAAUAAUUCAGCCUGGGCACGGGCGCAAAGAAGCCCCGUUACAUACUGGAUAUGGGAAGGAAAGGAGCCGCCCUCUGUCGGGCAGAUCUGGAAUGUGGUCCACGCCCUGUUUACCCUGCGCACGGAGUUUGAGAUAUUUCGCGCUGUGCUUUCUGGCAAAGGAAAGGAAGUCCUAGCGAAGGAGUUACAAGCUGUCGGGCUUGCGACUGCGCAUCCUGCCCCCUCAGCUCCUGCCGGUCACUCCAUCCCGCCAAAUGCAGACGUCCCUGAUCAGCUCGUCAUCUAUCGCAGCACAUUCUGGCAAGGCGCGGGAUCCCCGUUCGGGUCAAGGCCAGUAUGGGUGUGCGACGCUGAGAUAUACAACUCGCUUCGACGACCGUUGACUUCAUUCCCGCUCCAUCCCGUUCAGCAUACCUGGACACCCGAAUUGUCCAACGUCAGCGUUCACGCCCUCCACCCCAUUCGACCGCGGAAGCCUACGCCGGGGUCAAGAAUGUACAGCCGGUACAUACCGCAGCUAGAUGAGUUCUUUUCGCUCUGGGCGUUGGAUUAUCGAAACGACGAACACCUGCAGCUGUUUCACACAUGGCAAAAUGAUCCCCGCGUGGCGAAAGGUUGGCAUGUUACGGGGACACUCGACGAGCACAGGGAGUAUCUUCGCAGGGUUGAAGAAGAUCCACACCAGAUUGCCGUGCUGGCUAAAUUCAACAACAUCUUCUUUUCCUACCAUCAGAUAUACUGGGCUAAGGAAAACAGCAUCGGAGCACACUACAACGCCGACGACUGGGAUCGCGGACGGCAUUCACUAGUUGGAGAUGUUCGGUUCCGUGGCCAGCAUCGGGUCAUAGUAUGGUGGUGUAGCAUCAUGCAUUAUAUGUUCCUGGAUGAGCCGCGGACAGGGUAUAUCGUCGGCGAGCCGGACUUCACGAACCUCACCGUGCUGGCGUACGAUCACGCUACCGGGUUCAGUCUUGAGAAGCUCAUCGACCUGCCAUACAAGCGGUCUGCGCUGGUAAAGUGCAGCCGAGAGAAGUAUUUUCAUAUUUCCCCGUUCCGCUUUGACGGUUCUGACCACCUCGAGCGUGACCCAUAUCGCGCUUUGAAGCUCUAG